ACAAAACAAAAAAAUGUUGCCCUAAUCUUGUAUAUCAUGAGAUUUUCCUUAACUAUGGAACUUUAAGGUUCACAAGUUAGAAGUAGAAGUGUAGAACUCUGUUAUUAAUCAAAACAAAACAAAAAAUGUUGUAAUUCUAAUAUCCGGUUAAAUGUAAUUCCCGGUAUCCAGCGAACGGAACUGGGAACCAAAGUAUUUACGGGUUAGUUUGGUUUAAGGAUAAGUAAAACCGUUUGGUUCAAAAUAAAAUUCGAUUUGGUUCGACACUGUUAGUACUUUUUUCUCAAACAGAAAGUAUUACCAUCUCCGUUCGAUUAGAGUAUCUUUCCUCCGUCACCGGCAAGGGACCUCGCCGUCGUUUAGCCGGAGUAUUAAUUUCCGUUUGGAAUAAGAAUUUGUUGGAGCUGAUGAGAAUCAGAGUCAUGUCUCAAUUGCAGCGAAGCUUAUCGAUCGAAUUGCCUUCACUGGUUCCUCUGCAACUUCCAUCUCGGAUGGAGACUCAUCUAUGGUUUAUUCGACCAGAUGAAGUGAAGAGUACAUCUCUUCUAAAACACUACUCUCAACUUCUGUCACCAACCGAGAAAGAGAAAGUUCUUCAGAUGCGAGGCGAUGAGCUUAAGAAGAAUGCUUUGCUUGCUCGAACCUUGGUUCGGACCACCAUUGCUAGAUAUCAGACAAACAAUGAAGUCGAUCCUAAGGCCUUGAUGUUCAAGAAGAAUAUGUAUGGGAAGCCUGAGGUAGAUUGGCAGAAUUAUACGAACUGUAAUAAUCCACCAUUGCAUUUCAACAUUUCUCACACAGAUUCAUUAAUUGCCUGUGGGGUGACUGUACACGUUCCGGUUGGUAUCGAUGUUGAAGACAAGGAAAGGAAGAUUAAACAUGAUAUCUUAGCAUUUGCAGAAAGAUUUUACUCUGCUGAUGAAGUCAAGUUUUUGUCAACUUUACCGGACCCUGAAGUUCAGAGAAAGGAAUUUAUUAAGUUAUGGACCCUAAAGGAGGCAUAUGUGAAAGCAUUAGGAAAAGGCUUUUCUGCUGCACCUUUUAAUACCUUCACAAUCCAGUCCAAGGUUGGAACAAAAGGAGAAUACAAUCUUUGCAAGAUGACUGAAAUGACUGCAAGUUCGCUGGAGGAGACAAACAAAUGCGAUGGAGAAUGGAAGUUUUCCCUUUUGGAGUUGGAUGAUUCUCAUUAUGCUGCAAUCUGUAUUGAAGAUGAUGAAGCUAGUGGAGGUGCAAUUUUCAGUUGACAUAUCUCUUGAUACUGAAAAAUCCAUUUUAUUCAGUAAUUUCUUCAUCACAUCUUUUUCCUUCUUGCAGGAGCUCCUAUGAGGGUGAUUGUCCGAAAAACCAUCCCGUUUGUAGAAGAUGAACUUAUAUCUGAAAGCAAACUUCUUUAGUUAGUGUAGCCUUAAACCUUCAGAUUUCUCUGUAAUCAUUCUGUUUUGAGUACAUCCUCUCUGUAGUAUACAUUCUGUGCAAGCGAAAAAUAAAAGUAGCCUAUUAUUGGACCA